CAUGGCAUGGCAAGACAAAGAUGGGGGGCAGGCCCCAGGCUCUCCCUGGGCUGCCAUCCUGGAGGCCGUCCGGGAGCAGCUCCCCUCUCUGGACUCGGACUCCUCGCUGUCAGACUUCGGGGACGAGGAGCCUUUUAUCUUCCAGCGAAAUCAAACCGCCCUGAUUCCAGACUUGUCGGAGGAGCUAGCCGAAGGCCCUGCUGGGGUGGCCACGGCCAGCGCGUCUCCUGAGCCAGCGGCCGAGCCUGCGGAACCCUGGGGGCAGUGGGACGCAGGGACAAGGAAACUUCUGGAAGGAAGGGAGCCUGGCGGGCCCCUCGGGAGCCGUGGCGGAGUCAACACUCUCCUCAGCGUGCCUGAGGCACCGCUCACGUGGCAGGAAGGUGGCGCUGCUGGGGGCACGACCAGAGGACCCCAGAGUCUUCCCUGGGGACUUCAGGGAGAAGCCACCGUCGCCCCACUUGAAGGAGACCUACAGGGGGAGCCCCCCAAAGCAGCCUCCCAAGUCCGCAGGGGCUCAGAUUCUACAAACCACAGCGCUCUCCGGAGGGAGAGAAGGAAGAUGAUUGAGAGAGACAUUCUCCACAAAGUGACACGGGCCCGCGGUGGGCCCGGUGCAGCCGCGGCAUCAGGGCUGAGACCGGAAGCGCCCCCGGAGGGGCCCAGGGGAGACCCGUGGGUGCUCCCCCUGCAGCUUGAGGAGUGGCGCCUGGAUCACCUGCUUCAGAGCCUGUCCGGGCGAGGAGAAGGGGGAGAUGCUGCACCUGGAGCCACGCAGCGGGCGGGCGACCGCGCCCAGGGCCCAGGUCUGGCCUUGCCCGGCCCGCGUGAACCCACCAGUACCUUUCUGCCAGUCUCGCUGCGGGCUGCGGGCUGGGUGCAGUCCGUCUCGCGCCCACCACGUCCUCUCGGCCACUCAAGCCCAACUGCCCUGAAGCCCCCGGUGCUGGCCGUCGAAAGACCACCUCCCUCCCUCACGCUGCGUGCAAACUGCCCACACGUCCCAGGGCCGGGUCCUGGGGUCCGAUGGCCUUUCCGCCUCGGCCCGGCCCGGCCUCUUUCUGGAAAAACGGCGCCCGACCCUGUCCACCCACAAGCUGAGGCACCCACACCGCAUGGGGGGUUCCUGAGGGCAGCCUCCCGUCUCUCCGCAGGCCACACUGAGCCGGGCACGCAGGACAGGCUCCUGGAGCGGCUGGCCCUCCUGGGCGCCUCGCAGUCCAGAGCCCCCGCCUCCACCCGGGAGAUCCCUGCUGGCCCACCCCUGGGCCCUGGGCCUCGGGAGGCGGAGAGCAGGGUGCCAUGGUCAGAGGAGGGGAGCCCUGGCCGUCGGCGGGUGCGCUUGGACGGCUCUGGCCUGACUGGGGCUGUUCCAAGCACAGGGGCACCCCGCGGCGACCCGGCACCCUCUCUCCUCAGGCGCGCUUUGGCAGGGCCCGGCCUCCGGACAGAGCUGGGCCCCAUGCUGGCUGACGGCUCGAGGCCAAGGAGCUCCGUGGAGCCCCCCACCGUCUUCAUUGAUCUGCGGCCCCCAGAGCCAUCACACCCGGGCUCGCGGGAGAGCUCCAGCACCAGAGACAGCUCCAGCUCUGGUGAGGAAGAGGAGGAGACAGAAGCGGAGCCGGCAUCGCCCUCCUCCCAGGGCCUACGGCACUGUUCGGGGAAGAGUCAGCUCCUCCAGCAGCUCAGAGCAUUCCGGAGGGGGACAGCUCAGCCCCAGCUGCCCGCCAGCAAGGGCCGCAGCGACCACAGGAUGUAGGCCCCUGAAGACAUGGCCGGGUCCCCUGUCUGGGUCGAGGGGCAGAUGCCGGGCUGGAGCCCUAGGAGGAUGUCCCAGGACCCUGAGGGCCCUCUUGGGUCAGACACAGCCCGGAGACCCUGGUGCCGCCUCAGGCCCGCGGCAGAGCUCCCUGGCAGCUUGCGGAGGUCAGCAGGACGCGCGGCCCGCCCGGGCCCCUCACUCUCCCAGGGCCCCGUCCUCCCGUCCUCCGCCAGAACCGGCCCGGCCAGCUUUGCGCGCUAGAGCCAGGAGGCCAGGGCAGCUCUGUGGCCAGGGCGCCGCAGCCCCCCGCCCCCCGCAGAAGUGCCUGUGAGGAGGAGCCGCUGGCUGCAGAGGGUGUGUUCCGGGAGGGCCCCCCGCUCGACCCCUCCACUCUGCACACCCCUCUUACUGUGCACCCUUCGUGCGCCACACAGGGCUUUUUCAAAAACUAACGCUCGAGUAAA